AUGGCGCCUCGAAACCUCGUAGCUGUUGAGCUGAAGGAUGAUUGGAAUGCAUACAUGUCAACCCCAGUCUUCUUGGUACACCCUACGACGAGACCCAUGCGAGGGAUUUGUAGUGGUACCAAAGCCAUGCUAGAUCUCGGUCAGCAACGCAGGGGACCGCCCGGGAACCAAUGGGUUUCCAUCACGCCCUUGGAAAUGACCAAAACCGGACUUGUCAGCAUGUUCAGGGGCAGCGAGUCGAUCCAAGUCGAAAUUCCGUGCUUUUUACUUCGAAUCGGAGUCAUCGUCACCAGGGAUUUUGGUGCAGGGGUUCACGAGUACGACACGCUUUCUGCUAAACAUGGACGCGCUGUGAAGGGUUGCUUCAAGGCUGGCGAACUGGCCGUCUGCGACAACUUUACCCUGAGCAUUCCCGAGAUCGUCGUCAUCAAAAGGCUCAGAUUAAACGCACGAUCGGGUUUCAUCACAGACUUCGAUGAAUACUCCAUCCAUAGAGAUUUCAUCCAGUACGGCAUUGGGAUGAAGGAUUUCGUCUGA